CUUGUUAUUCUUCAAAUCUUGCUUGUUUAGACUUAACAACUAUCAAACCCAUCACAAACAGCAUUACUAUUAAAUGUAUAAACCCAAAAGAGACCAAUAUUGCCAUAGAUUAUAGAAUCAAUAAAAAACAUACUAAAAAAAUAUUUAUUGCAAAAACUGCCAUAUUUUUGUCUAACAUUGGUCCUUACAAACUGGCUGCAGUUGAUACUAUCACAAACUGGCUAAAGAAUAUUAUUAGGAGAUUAACUCCAGAAGAGAAGGCUAAAGACAUUUGUAUUCUAUUAGCUAUAUUAGCCCAAAAUGCUGACAUGGAUCUAAACUCAAUUCUGGCACUAGGCAAUUGGUCCAACCUUUAUAUAUACCAAGAAUUCUACCAACAUGGCAUAAAGUUAAUGUUGGAGCAAAAUAACAUCACCAAAAAAAUCAUGAACUAA